AUGAUUCUGGACCCAAACAUUGGCGCUUGGCAAGGCACUCGAGUCCUCCCCCGCGAAGCCAAGGAAACAUGCCACGAUGACAUGCAGUCAGAUACCUGCGAGAAACCCGGCAUGUCAACAGGCGAGAUUUUAAUUGUUCUCCUCAUAGCCACUCUUAUUGCCGUCUGCUGUCUUGUAGCCCUUCUGUGCGUCUUUCACCGUCGCAAACAACGCCUCGAUAAACUCGAAGACAUCAAAGACGUUCAAGAACUUGACGACUAUGGCCUCGCCCCCAUCAAACCAAGACCCGUGAAACUACCCCAAGCACCACCGCCAACCUAUGACAAAACGCACGAGGGAAAGCCCAACAGCGCGGCGGACCAAACUUGGGAUCGAACAAAUCGAAACUCGACAGACUCGUUAACACCGUCACUUCGCCAAGCCAUGGGCGUCACGCCCCGCGACACACUGGCCAAUAGCUAG